AUGGCAAAGGCAGCUAAGGAGAUUCAGAUGGAGAACCCAAAAGAGAUAGAGGCUCACAGUACAGGGGCGACGUGCUCCCCGUCGGAGGAGCAGGCAGAGAAACCUUCCAUGCUUUGUUUUAAGAAGCGGAAGAAGUCCUGUAAGAAGGGGCAGACCACGAGGGAUGCAUGCGAAGGAGCCUCAGAGGAGAAAAGCCAAUGUGUCAGUGCCGACCAAGGGGAGGCAAAAGUUUCCAAUCCAUCGCAAUCCUCCAAAGGAGCCUGGGCAGCCAUCAAAAAUCUCGCAAGACCUCGGAGAAGGCAGAAAUCCUCCUUGCGGAAGAAGAUCCCUUCUGAUUCCCAGGUGCAGCUGGAGCCGGAUGCUGAGGAGGGCAGCGCACCAGGCAUCCCGAAGAAACGGGCGAGCUCUGGGGUGAAGAUGCCCUGCGUGCGGUUCUCCAGAGGCAAGAAAAAACCCAGCCUCUCUGAAGCGGUGGAGGAGUCGGAGGACAGCGUUCAAGCGAAUGAAGUGAUGGGUAUUUUGAAUAAAGCUAUUGAAGAGACGGAGGAUUUGGCCCCAACAGAAAAGCCUGAAUCCAUCAGCCCGGUCCCUGCAGAGGAGGAUCAGGAGACGGCGAAGGAAAGCACUGACUCUGUCGAGAAGGCCGAGCCCUCGACAGAGCCCACACCUAAUGCAGAUGAAGAUACAGAGUGUGCUGCUCAGUCGGAGAUAACCGAUUUAGUGACAGUGAAUGAAACAGCCCAGGAGGAUCUGCAGGAGGGGAGCCUGCCCCAAACCACAGCCCAUGUGGAGGACGAGGAAGUUGCUCCUGAAACGCCCGUUUCCACGGGUCAACCCAGCAGUGCCCCUGAAACCACCGAGCUGCAGGAAAUCCCUAAUACCUGCGAAGAGCUGCCUGAAGGGGAUGAAUCACAGAAGAGCAUAAAUCUUCCCGAGGAGUGCAAAGCCGAGGAGACUGUAAUGGAUUUCAGUAAGGCAGAGUUUAAAGAUGAUGAGGCGAGCGUGCAGGGCUGCUCCAGCCAUCCGGUGACAUUGGAGGCAAACGCAGGCGCCGGCAUCAGCAUCGUCAUCACCGUCACCGAAGCGGAGGACUCUGACCACACCGACUCUGACCAGGCCUACGAGCCGUCCCCGGUUUUGCACCGUAAUAAGAAAAAAGGGAAUAAAAAGUCAAGCGGGAGCUUUGAUUUUGGGGAAAAAGAGGGCCCGGAGGCUGGUGGUGGUCCACAGGCAGAGCAGAAAGGGGCGGGUGAGCAGGGGCACAGAACUGGGGAGCAAUACGAAUUGCUCCUCAGAGAAACCGCAUCUUCCCUUGUGAAGGCGGCCAUUCAGUCGUCCAUAGAGCAGCUGGUCAACGAAAUGGCUCUGGAACAGAAUAAACACAACAGUUUUCUGUGA